AUGGAUUGUGAUAUUCCAGACGACUUCAUGCCCUGGUGGAAUAUAGAAGUCCCGGAUGCCAGUAACAGCGUCAUAUAUGAAGGGCAACAGUCUGAUCAACAUCACUUCGCGCCGUAUAUGGAACGUGACGACUCCGGAUCCAGCUUCAACUCAUACUCAAGUAAUAAUACCACCGACACGUUCGAAUCACUUGACAGCAACAGCUCGUUCUCAUCCUACGGGAGCUUCACUUCUCAAGCACCUCCGCAUACGACGUCUGGCGGUUAUUCUCUUCAUCAGGGCUAUUCACCUGUCCACUCAGUCACUGGUUCAGCAAAUUUGUACAACUUUCCACUUCCCUCUUUCCAAGAUCAAGUCAUGUCAAAACCAUUGUUCGAUAUCGAGAGAGACGGCGACCCAAAUAUUUCAUGGUGGAUGUAUUAUGACUUCCACGUCGACAAAGAAGGAGCAUAUCACACUCUUCAGCCAGGAUAUCUAGAAUCCGAAAAGUUUCCCGCGAGGCGCCUCUCAGACAAAGUAUACGACGAGAAAGGAAACCUAGUCCACAAAUGCUACGUUCCCAAAUGCAUCUCCAAGCCCGUCAAGCGCCCCUUCGACCUCGAGCGCCACUUCACCACCGUGCACGGCAAGGGCAACACCGAGCGCCACUUCUGCGACUACUCAAAGUGCAAGCACAAAGAGGCCUUUGACCGAAAGGACCACUGCCGCGAGCACUACCGGGAGUACCACCGCGAAGACCUCGUGAAGAAGACGCAUCGGGAUGUCGUGCAGUGGCUCCAAGACAGGAACGUCGUAAUGGCCUGGUGGAGAUGCUCAAAGUGCUUGAAGAGGAAUCAGACGGAGGCGGGGUGGAAGUGUGGUGGGAAGUGUAAUCAGAUGUGUGAGAGAUCGAGGAUUACGGCGAGGAAUUCGAGAUUGCAGGCUGCAGAAUCGACAGAGGUGGCCGAACAGCCGGCUGCCGCGGGCGCUUCUCAACCGUUUGUGCAGGGUUGUGGGAAUUGUGAGUCUGGCUGGUUUCCUGACGAGGCGAAUCCGCAUAACUGGGUGGCUUGUCUUGUUUGUAAACCAGAGGCUUCGGAGGAGAUGGUUACGUGGUGA